AUGGACCGACACUGGUCGUCGCCCGCCGCUCGACAGGCGGCGUCUGCCGCUCGGUCUCCCGCUUCUCGUCCCCCUUCUUCUUGUCACCGCACUUUAUCACCGGGGAAGAAAUUUCCUCAAUCACCUGUUAGCCAGACGGCAGGCCUUGGAUCUCCCAAAGCUACCGUCUUUCCGCAGCCUACGCUUUACGCCAACGGAGGUAUCACGCCUGUGUCUUGCGAGCGGCCGAACCGGAGACGCACUGCUGGCAGUCGAGAAAGCAUUUCUGGCGCAGGCCAGCCUCGAUCGUCACGCACCUCUCCUGCUUAUUCGGAGCUCCAUUUUCCACUUUCUUCUCCUCACGCUUCGUUCUACCCCCAGGAGGAGGCAUCGUCAGCCUCGUCUUUGGUGCCGCCCACGUGGAGCAGUCUCAGCGAUACCGCCGCCGAAAGCAAUACCCAUGUGGCGAUAGCCUCCGCCUCCCAAGCAGAUCAUUCCUCCCAGCCUUAUACCAUCGUUCAAGCACCGGCUCCAUCUCAUCCGCCGGGAGGAACUACACAGAUUACAGUGGAGAAGAGGCCUCGGCGGUUGUAUCCCACUCUCACUCCCCCCUCUUCUCCGCCUGCCGCUCAUAAGCUAAGGACUUCACAGACGAUUUCCGCUCACAUCCGAUCCCAAGAUACUCUCAAAACGGCGUCCUCCAGCGGCCCUUCAGCGGCUCAUAAUCCAGGUAUGGCCAGUAACUGGCGCGAGUGUGCAGCGCCUCAAACAGACGCAGUUUUGCAGCAGCGGGACGGCAAAGCGAUGGGAGCUGUCGAGGCGGUGUGUGGCUCUGCUGUGUGUCAGUGGAACCGAGCGCUGGAUGCUGACGAUGGAAAGCACGAAUUCAGUGCGGGGAACAAACACCAUGGGGAACACGGGAAAAUUCCGGCUCCAGGAUCCCAGCAGAUACCGGUUUUACCUGCCAUCUUGACGGUUUUCCAGAAUGCUUCUUCGCGGAGCCACGCGAGUGACAGAGGAGCCUGGAGCCAGAAACAGGGAGCACAUGUUUUUCUCCCCUCCUCGCCGCUGUUCUGCGUCUCAGGAGUUCCUACGCCUCUGCGCGGAGAUGGAGGUGAGGACCGAUCAGCGUCCCCGGUGGCGCUUCCCGCCGCGUCUCCCUCUCCCUUCUCUGUUUUGAAAGACAGCCUCCGCAGGCUCUCCCCGACCUCUGCGGCUUCGCUGACGCCUGCUUCUCUUCAGCGUCCCCAGGCAAGCCUCGCAGAAUACCAGUCGGCCUCAGCCGAGAGUUCCUCUUCACAGAAUCCUCCACAAUCGAGCGUCUCGCGCGCUGACGAGCUCACGCCGCAGCGAAACGGUGCCGGUCUGGACAAGGAAGAGGGUUUCUCUCCGUCUCGUAUCCUUGCCGCAGCUAGCAGCGCGGAAUCGUCCUCUCUAGCAGCUUUGCCGCGCGAGGCGGCCGCUGCAGAACGGCGCACGAAUGACGCCGCAAGCACGCCUACUGGAGCCUCGUCCGCGAGGCGGCCGGAGGCAGACGAGGAGUCUCUUUUCUCGGUCCCGAGAGGCGUGACAACGCCCCUUCGUUCGGCAGCAGGAAGUUCGUUUUCCUCGUGCAGCUCUCCCCUUCUGCGUUCGCCGGUCUCGCUUCCGCAGGCUCCCUCUGAGUCUUCUGGUUCUCCCUCGUCGUCUCGCAUGCGUCCCUCGAGCUUCUCUUCGCUUCCGCCUCCUCUCAACUCGUCGGCGUCUCUCGGAGCGCAGGAGGCGGAAUCUUUGGCGGCCUUUUCGCAAGAAGACAGCGCGCGUCUGGCUCCUUCCUUGGGGGGGAAUGAGGAGCUCAGACCGCUCUCUCAGUUGGCGCCGCCUGCCUCUGCGGGAGGCCUCGAGCGGCGGUCCGAGCCGCCCAGCGAGGAUGCGCCUUCGCGCGACGCCUCGCCCGUUCGACAGGGUGGCGGUGGAGCCGAAGGAGGCCAGGGGGAGGGAGAGAAGACUAGAGACGAGGCGGCGUCCUGCUCGAGUCCGCACUACUGCCAGCCGGGGAGUUUGUCGGCUGCCUUCUGCCAGCUGCAAGAGAAGCAGGAGACCGCGCGAAGCGUCCUCUCGCCUUUUUCCUCCGCCUCUGACGGCAACUCUAGCGCGAGUCUUCUCCUCACGCAGCCGCUCUCUUCGCCGCUUUCGGGGGCAGACACCCCUGGUGGCGCGGCCGAGGCUGCGGAGGCGACUCAGAGCAAGGAAAGGGGGGGGGAACCCGCCCGCGGAGGAGCCGCCGCCUCAAAUCUCGCAGAGGAACGCCGGGAAAAAGAAGCCGACUGGGAAGACGAGCAGUCGCGGGCGAGAAGAAACGGAGCCGACACAAAUGGGGGGAUUGAGGACGCCGGAGGCCAGGUCGUGGUAGGAGUUAACGAGGUCUCAGAAAUGACUUAUUUGCAUGUCCAACUGGCGAGUUCCGCGCAGGCCGCAGACGGAAGCAGCCAAGUCUCGGUUGAGAGCCGCGGCGAACUGUGGUACGCACAGGAGACGACGGCCUUCUCUCCGCGCGUGGAGGGAGGCGAUAAAGGGCACAAGGCGGAGGAAGAAACGAGGAGCCACGCGGCGCAUGCAGAAGGCUUAGAGGGAGGUGACGCAACACGAGAGGGCGAACAAGCGGCUGAGAUCGAGAGACGUCCUGAGGAUGCAUCGCUCGCAGAUUUGUCUCAACAUCUCGAUGCAGGAAGAGUGAGAGAAGCACCGGCGACGGGCCAGUUGGAGGCCGAUCUGCGUGAGGGAGAGAACGACGCGGCAGGGGGGGUUCGCGAGGGACGCGAGUUGUUUGAUGACUCGCUGGACGAGACGACGGCGUUGAACACGCAGAGAAAUCGAUCGCCCUUCACGCGCAGGCGGCGGCAUCUGUUCCUUCGGCAGGCCGGGUCAGCCAGCGGCGUGUGGACCCUGCACGCUCCGACAGCUUCUCUCGACGAGGCAACGCACAUCGGCGGAAGGAGCGGCGCUGAAUUAGAUGAGGAGGAAAUGGACAUGGUGCAACACGCAGAGAGGACGCAGGAAGGGUCGCGCGGAGUGAGAGCCGAGGGAGACGAAAGCGAGGAGAAGCAGAGUGCAGUGACGCCGAGUCCCCAGGCUGCUGUCUUCGUCUCCAGGGGUGCUCAGACGCAUGACAGCGAGGUUGACGCGGAAGGCCGUUUGGCAGAGCUGGAGCUAAGGAGGCGAGCGAGCGCGCCAGCAGACAGGCGGAGGGACUCUUCGUUGGAGAUCAAUCUGGCGUCGCCUUGCUCCUCCUUGCCUCUGCCGCCGCGCAAGCGACCGACCCCUGCGCUACCUGCCUCUCCGUCGCCUCUUUGUGCGCGAGAGGAUGACGAAACUGUGGAGAGGAAGAAGAGGAGAACGGCGCCUUUCUCGCCUCUCGUGGCGCUUGCGCCUUCGUCACCUUGCAGGGCGAAUCUUGAUUCGCAGGAUAAGGAGGCCAACCGGGAGAGGCCGAUGUCUCCUGAGGUCUUCCUCACACCCCCCUCCCGCCGCAGCGCGCAGCAGAAACAGGCGCUGUCCAGCUUUGCCUCGCCUCUGAAUUUCUCUGCCUCCGCGUCUGCCGUCGCGGGCGGCGAUGAAGAGGCUGCGAGCAAGAAGACAGGAGAAACCGAGAUCGGAGCCGCCGCGAAGCAGCAAGAUGGGACCCCGUGCAGCGCGAAGAAGAAAGUCGAGUUUGGCUCGGCUUCAGUGGCAGUAUUUGAGGACAGUCCGAACAGCUACCGCAGCCCGAUGCUGCCGGAUCGAGCGAUGCCUCUCAGCGACCAUGAGAGAAUCGAGAAGAAGCACGCAGGCCUUUCGUCCCCUCCUUCGAAGGCUGCUGCCUCAGGGGCUUUCUCUUCCUCUUCCUGUCCUCUCUCCGCGCCGCCGCCCCGGCCUUCGCCCCUCGAGGAGCUGAAGGAGGCUGAGCGGUGUCUGCGGCCGGCUAGGAGUGCAUCGGUGCCUUCUCCGCUCCCGUCUCCUUCUUCUGUGCGUUCGGCUCUCGCGGCGUCCGCCUCUGCGUCUUCUCUCUCCUCUUCCUUCACGUCCUGCAUGUCUGCUUCCCUCGGCUGCGCCUCGCCCUCGUCUGCUGCUGUCCUUCGCUCGGCGCCCUUGGGGGCCGCCGCCGCGGCCGCCAGAGAAAAAGCCGUCCAGCAAAUCCAGGGAGGUCGCCAGGCAGGGGAGGGAGAGGGAGGCGAAGUGGAUAAUGUGGCGGCGAAGGCGGGUGAAUUUGCGGGAGAGGAGGCGUCCAGCCCGAUGACGAGGAAGAAGGCGACACUAGAGAAAGGCGUACAGACGCCGGAGAAGAUUCAGAAGAGCCUCGAGUUGGAAGGCGCGCGUAGCGCAGAAGGGAUGUCCCCGAGCGCGUCUUGUCAGCGACUUCCUGUCAUUGUCGUGCCGGCUGCUGCGGAGCCGGACCGGGUUCAGACUUCCUUUUCCUCGGUGUCGUCUUUCCUCUCUUCUCUCUCGGCUCCUCUCCAGGUCAUUUCGGUCUCCUCUGAGCUUCUCACAGUUACAGACAAGCCGCAGCAGCCGGACAGCGGUCCAUCGGCGCUCUUUCGGCCGUGCCCGCCCGUCUCGCUCCCUACCUCUCCUUCGCUGCUUCUCGCAGAAAACUCGCCGUUCUCUCUCAAAGCCGUGUCUGCCUCUUCGCCGUUUCGUUCUUCUUCGCUUCCGCCGACUACCUCUCCUGCGUGUCCCUCGUCCUCCUCCGCGCUCUCCCCUCGCAGCCCGGCGCGCGUCUCUGCCUCGCGUCCUUUGCUCUCGUCUUCUCCGCUGCGCGCCGCACCUCCUCCUGCCCCCGCAGGCAGUCCGCUGCCUUCUUCCGCUUCCGCCGCUCUUCCCGCUGACACAUCGUCACCUCGCGCCUCGCCUCUGGCUUCCGAGGCGUCUCCGUCAUCUGUCGCAGUAGUGGAGAUCGGCACCCAGCCUUCUCCGCGCGCUGACACUGCGGGGGGCGGGGGCGCGGAGUCCUCGCCUCGCUCCUCUGUAUCGUCGGCGCCGCUCUCUCCCUUCGAGGCCUUCGAUCCUCUCAACGGCGACGAGCCGCUGUCUCCCCGCGUUCUCGUCUUCUCCGGCGAAGGCGGGCAGCGCCUGGCGACGCUCUCAGGCUUCGGCGCGUACCUGUCGUCGGUGCAGAGUCGGCUGCUGCUGUGCGGCGGCGAAAAACGAGAGGAAGCGAAGGAACACGACUCCCAAGAACAGCCGCCGCGCGGAGAGUCAGGGGACGCUGCAGAGGCGGAGACCGACGUGCUCACAGAAAGCGCAAAGCAGCCAGCUGGUCAGGGAAAAGACAGCAUAGACGCAGGUAGGGAAGCGGAGGAAGACGCGAAAGAGGGAGAAGAAGUCGACGGCCCGCUAGCCAAAGCCGCAGACGACGAAGCAGGACUCGAGAAAGACGGAGCAGGCGCUGAGGAAGAAGAAAAAGAUGCACCAGAAGAGGAAGCAGCGGCUGAGAAGCCGGCAGAAGAAGGCUCAGAGAAGGCAGAGGACGCCCGCGUAGAAGAAACGGAGAUAUGGGACACGGCGCUGUCGGACAUUCUUGAGAAUGCUGCGGAGGCCGCAACUCUUGCAGGUCUGCAGCCGUCGGCCUCGGACAGUGAGGCGGAGGCACGGCCUGCGGCGCCAGAGGAAACAGAAGUGAGCAGAGAAGAAGAUGAAGGAGAGAACGAGUUGCAGCCUGUAGAAGCGCAAGCAUCUCUCUCUCCCACGCAACGUCAGAAUCCGUCGCGACUUUCACUCUCAGCCGCCUCGCCGCCUCCCCCGCCCGACAGGGAAGCUGACACAAGGUGCUCAACCGAGGAGACGCGCGCGGAAGGACAGCAGCUCCCGGCGGAGCGUGUGCAGCCAGAAGACGAGGCUCCGAAAGACAAGCUCGUCGGCGCCGCGGAGAGCGAGACAGAGGAACGCAGAGACGCCAGCGAGGCGGCGGCCGCCGAAAGCUCUGGCCAAGACGUGUCGCCUGCACGAGGCGUCCGUGCCCUCUCGGCGGAGGCGCCGAAGGACGCGCAAGCGGAGACUCCGCGCGCGGCUUCCCCCAUCGCUGAGAGUCGUCAGAGUCGCGCUGCGGCGGCGGAAACGGCCGCGCAGAGUCCGCUACUGACUUUCUCGCAGCUCGUUGAGAAGACGCAAGUCGGUCAAGGGCUACUAGCGUGGCGAGGGCAGGAAGCCGCGCACGCAACUCUGUCGUCUUCUUGCGCGAGCGAAGACUGGAGCGUCUGCAUCCGGCGACUCGCGUCUUCAUUGGCGCGCGAAGCUUUCUCGCGACAGAACGCGAAGAAAACGGAAGAAGCCUGGAGGGCGUGUUGUGCCGAGGCGUUGGAGCAGCUUCACCACACGGAGGCGAAGAUCUUCGCAGAGGCAUCUCGCCUGUGCGAGGCGUCACACGCCUUCCUGGAUUCUGCCGCCCCGCGCCCCCCCCGCGAGGAAGACGUUCGGCGCCUGGCCACGGAGCCCUGGGGUUCGGAGAUUUCACUCGCGGUUGAGGACAAGGAGAGGAAGCUUCAGGAGAAGGCGCAGCGACGCGAGGCGAACGAAGAAGAGCUCAGGGCUCUUCAGAGGCAAAUUGAGCAUGCUGAGGCGGAGACCGACGCGAAGGCUCUGGAACUCUCUCACUUCUCGUCUUCGAACCAGGAUCUCCAACUUUUAGCUGAGAUCCGGAGGAAGCAGGGCAUCGUGUUGGCCUUUGAGCAGAUGAGCUGCAUGCGCAUCGUUCACUUUAAUCCCCGCGGACUGCUGGCCUCCCUGGCGUGGCCGCGCAGCGCGCCGCCGUCGCUCUCAAGCUCGCGUCGGGUCUACCUAGCCGCGGAGAAAGCGGCAAAGUAUCCAUUUCCGCUUUCAUCUUCUGUGUUGAAUCUCGCGCGGCUGGGGUCGGAGACGCGCGUUGACGACGCCGACGCGGAAGGCCCCCAGGCUGCGCGCCGGCCUGACAGAGAGCGGCGCCAGGCGUCGUCGCUCUCUUGCCUCCCAGCGAACUUCCCUCUUCCGCUGCUUCCGGAGGGCCUCGUCGCCCGCUCGCGCGCCUGUCUGCCGCUCUUCGCGUCACCCUCGUCGCGUCUGCCUUCCGCCUCUUGUUCCUCUUCUUCGCUCUCCGCUUCCUCCUCCUCGCUGUCGUGGCCGCCGCCAACGAAGAUUUGCAUCCUCUGGCGGGCGCCGGCGGCAGCUGGAAAGGAGGCAGGCGCGGGCGCGAGAGCUCCGCCGCCGCCGCUGGCCGCGGCGGGCGAGGCUCCAGCCCGGCCGAACGAUGGCGCGCUGCAGAGGGCGGCGCCGAGCGGCAUUCUGCGAGUGCAGAAACUGGGGGUCGCGAGCUGGAAGAAGCUGCGCGAAGCCGGGAGAGGCGACGAGGGCGCGGCGGACGCGCCAAAGGCCGGCGAGGCGCGCGACGACGCCGUUGGACCCUUCGCCGCGCUGGCGGCGCGCAGUCCGGCGGCCCUGCCCAGCCCCCCCUCGAGGCAUAAACAAGAGCGAGAGAGUCUGCAGGGGGAGAGAGCCGAGGGCGAAGAAUCGAAGGCGGCUGAGCUGUACGAGGCGCGCCUGGUCACGUGUUUUCCGUAUCUCGCGGCGCACGAAGAAGAAAAAAACGCGAUCAAGAAGCGCGGAGCGACGGAGGACGACAGAGACGCGAAGCGCCGACGUGGCCCGCGAGGAGGAAAACUCCUGGGGUCUGCGGGCUCCGUUUUCUCUGAGAAAAAGGUCGCCAGAAAAACGGAGGACACGCCCAGAGGGGUGCCGAUCCAAGACCGAUGGAAAGUCGAGAUGGACCGAUUCCGACGAAACACUCUGCGCAUCGCCCAGAUAGGCCUGACAGAGGUCUUGCAUGCUUUGCAGCCGUCGCUCUCUGCAGCGCUCGACUCUAUGCGGGGGGGCUCAGAUCUCGCUUCCUUCGUCGCCUGCGAGGGCCAGCGUUCUGCUUUGGCGCGAGACUUCGAGGAGAAGGAGAACUUUGAUAGCGGAGGGCGCAGAGAGUCUGUUUCGUCGUCUCUCGCUGCGUCGGCGAGUCGGCGCACGAGUGUAGGCACAGUCGGGUCCUCGUCGUCGGUGGACUUGUCUGCGUCCUCUUUCGCUUCCUUGGCUGCCACCGCGAAUCUGCCUCUCGCUGUCCAGCAAGGAAAGCACUCGCUUCCGGCAGGUUGUGGAGGUCUCUCUGCGUCUGCGCCGUCCUCUUUGGCGAAACAGAAACAGAGCUCUCCGCGGUUCUUCCCAGACAUGUGGAGUGUACGUACACUGCUCCUGCAUGCGCACACCGCCGUUGGCCGCCUCGCGCUGCUGCAUGACCAGCUACUCCUGUUUCUGCGCCGAUUCCGCACUCUGACGGAGCUCUCCUACUCCUUUGAAUCACGAGGCUCAGAUUCGAGUGCGUCGGCGGCAACAGAGGACCAAGCGAAGUCGCAACAGACAAGAGACAACGAGAACGUCGCUCUCGUCACCGUCCGCACUGCACUGACCCCCCUCCAUGUCGAGCUGCCUUCGCUUCGGCUGAGCAUCGAGAUCGACUUGAACGAGGCGAUUCAUCAGGGCUCUUUGCUUCUCGGCGUGCGAGACGUCCGCGUGGAUCCAAUCGAUGAAGAAGACCGGGCCUUCCCCGAUACAGGCCGCGCUGCUGGUGCCUUGCUCCAGCGUCUGCAGGAUUCGCUGAACUCCUUGUGGACCGUUGAUGGAACGCUGUCUUCGGAAGGCGCGGCGGCGGCAUUCAAGGAUGAAAUUUUUCUGCAGUGGAUUCUCCACGCGGCGAUAGAAUGUGGGUACGAUCGCACACUGUGGCUCGACGGCGGGUUAUCUGCGCUUUCACAGGGCGUGGGGCUUUCAGGCUCCUCUGUCUGUUCGCUCUUCGAGAAGCUCGGUGCCCUGGAGGCGCUGCAGCGGGAAAAGCGCAGGACGUGCAGCCUAGCAGUCGAAGGCCACGAAAGCGCGAAGAACCAAAAAAAAGGUUUUAGAGCGGAAAGGGUUUAG